AUGUUCUCGCGUUUUUAUGCUGACCAACUUCAGCACCAACCAAUUAACAGUCAACUGGAGUACGUCAAUUGGAGGUUGGGUCAAGACGAUGGCAAUAUUCGUGCUCUUUUUCCACCCAGAAUCACGCCCGAAAUGGUUUUCCCUUCUUCAUUGGAUGCUAUUGCGCACGAUGUCCUAACGAACUGGGAGACUAUUGAACACAGCCGUUUGAGCUCACGAUUGCUGCAAACCCUACGUGCGACACCCAUCUUCAAGGUUGUACACGGCUUCCUAGCCAGCGUUGACAAGGCCAUCACAAAUGUUGACAACUUCAUCGACUGUCUAUCACACGUGUGGUUCACUCAAACAGCUGCCGACCUCCUACAAUACCCCGGUGGACCAAAGACGUGCGGAUUCCAGCACGUUUACAUAGGAGAACGUAAAAAGAAUGUUAAGGGUUUACACAGCUGGCAGCGCCUUUUCAUAUUAGAGAGACAGGGGCGUCUAAUUACGCGACGUGUCAUUAGGAAGGCGCCAAAUUUUCAUAUUGCUGCUCUCAACUUCCAGUGGGAUGAAACACCCAAACCCUAUGGCACCAUAUUCUUUGGCCUUCCAAUGGAUUUUGAAAUGAUGCUGUUUUUUGUCGCCUUCAUGAUGACUAAAAAUCGGCCAAUAACGUUUAUGCUUGUAGGCACGCCGGUUACCAUCGAGUCUUAUGACUUGGCCCUGGUAGACAAUGCAAUGGCAACGGCCUUCUUUAGGUACUAG